GGCCCUGCCCCCCCCCUUGCCCUGCCCCCCCCCUUGCCCUCAGGCCCGUGUCUGCGCCUGGAGAAGGAAGAAGCGCAGGCGGCGCCCGCCUCGGCCUGCGGAGGACCUGGCCCAGUCGCGACAUCGCGCGCAAAAGCCAGUGGAAUGAUGCAUUCUGGUUGGUAAUGUGCCCAAAGUCCGUCCCUUUGGGUGAGAGCUAUGGACAAGGGCCUGCCACAGAGCAAGGGUGUUGAAGAUUUUGAAGGUGACCAGGUUACUGAAGACCUGCUGGCAGAGCAAAGCCACCAACCAAACAACCAGACCGUGUGUUUUGAUUUUUUAAAAGAUGUUGUGGCCUAUGUUGAUGUCUGGUCCAGCAGCCAUAAGGAUAACUACACGUGGGCCUUCAGUAAGCAAUUGCUGAUGAUGGGAGCAACAGUGUCCAGAAAGUUUACAAAAAAUGUCACCCACGUCAUCUUCAAGGAUGGACUUGAGAGCACAUGGAGCAAGGCGAUGAGCACCGGCGUGAAACUCGUGUCUGUGCUCUGGGUCGACAACUGUCUCAAGAGCCAAAAGUGCUUGGACGAGGCACUAUAUCCAGUGCUCUGUGACCCAAGAACAACUCCCGACUACUGUAAUAAAAAGCGUCGCUGGCGCCGGCCUCCGUGUGUGUAUGACCUGGAGGACGAGGACAGCAGGGACAAGCGGCUGCAGAAGAAGCUCCAGAAACUCACGCAGCAACUGGAUAACCAGAAAACGGCAACUGUGGGCCCCGAUUGCCUCAUCUUGGCGUUUGAUGAUGAGGGCCAGCCAGUGUUCAGCCCCAGGGUGACUCGCUCACCAGUCCUGGACAGGGUCAAGUCUAUGGCAGACAUGCUGCAGGAGAUGAAGGCGCGGCGUGAGAAUAUCUCCUUGACUGCUUCCCAGAUGGUGAGCCAGAGCCAAUCACCUGAUGGCUCUGCCUCUCCACUACAGUGCUCAUCAAAUGUCGCUUCCUGCUCUUUAUUUAACAUUCUUUUGGGAGAAGAGUCCGGACCAGAAGAGGAGGAAUUGUCAACACCGAGGCCUUGUGACAGUUUCGUAGCAGACUCUGAUGUCUCCCUGGAUAACAGUCGCAUGAAAUCAAAACAACGUUCCACCUCCGAAAAGGAUUCUUCCUUCUCGCACGCUGUAGUGCAAGAGACACCAAACGUGUCACCUCUUGGAAGCUCAAAUGCUACUGAAUCAAAUAGCAGUCAUAGACAUCCUCGAAAAUCGAGAAGAAAACGCUUGGACAAUAUUGUCAUGUCUCAUCAAAACAGGGGAGAGGGUUGCCAGCAUCAAACUUCGACAGGGAAUUGUAAAAAUUCUUCAGAGCUCAGUUCCUUUGAUCUCGCUGAUGUUCUCCCAGUGCCUUUAUGUACUGAUACGGAGACGCAGAGCUCCUCCACCAACAUAGGGUCACUGACAGACACUGUUAGCAAGACAAGUUCCAAUUCCCUGGACAAAUAUACCUGUGGUGGACAUAACUCUUCUGAUGACAUCCUGGUUACCGGUGAAGUGCGUAUGGAAACAGCCACUUCUGAGAGACACAAGGCGACUCGUCUUAUUGGAGAAAAUGUUGCUGCACAUGAAGAAGAUAUCAUGGUAGAAAGUGAUCUGGCACCAAUAGUUCAUUCUAAUUUGGCUGGCGGAACGGGUUUCCAUUCUGAACAAUCGGCAGCAACUUCUGCAGUGUUUGAAACAAGUAGGAAGAGGCCACACGCUGAUUAUACCAGGACACCAGGGUCCGCAAGGUCGAGGAAGAAGCAAAAGUUACAGCAAGUGCCAGAAUCUCUGAGUUCUGGCAUAAUUUUAGACUGUAUCUCACCAUUCGACGAUUACUUCUUGCCAGAAAAUGUUCAAGAGCUGGCGCCAAGGAAUCAAGACGUUAUUAAAAGGGUCUCUGCCUUGUUUGGCACACCAAAAACUAAUACAAAUAGUCGACGAGAGAGCCAAGAUGGAUCGAAAAUCACAGGCGGUAGCAUCGUUUCAUUAGAUGGCCCAACAAGAACUUCCAGUAACCCACAGCAACAGAGAAUUGACGAAGAGCCUCAAAUGAAGCCCCAAACAAAAACAACGUGUGGGCCUGAGAUUGUUGGUGAAACGACUGCCACUCAUAGUAUCACAAAUAACAAAGAUGUUAAGAAGUUUAGGCUUUAUUCUGUGAAGCAGGAAGGAUACUUAGCUGAAGUGACCUACAGAACCCAUGUGGUACGACGGGAAAGUCCAAGGCCACCUGUUGAACAGGAGAAAAAAGAUACCGAUACAGACAGCACGGUCUCAGACUUGUGUGGAUACGAUGCGUCCGGCAAUGACCGUCUGGCACAGAACCCCGAGUCGGGAAAGGAAAGUCCAACAAUAAACAUAAAUCUUCCCAGUUUUCCAGACAUUGUUGAAGUGACAUCCCGACAAGUUUCUGUGCAGAAGGAACAUCCCAUUUUCUCAAGGCACCAAGAAAACCCAUCGAGUGGUGCAGAGAGGGCCCAGAAAGGUCCCAGAAGGUCUGGGAGGCUGAAACUCAUGGUGCCAAUGGAAGAAUCUAAAAAGCCAAAGAAAGAUGGAAAGCAGAGUCUUCCACGAUCGGUUGCCCUGAGGAGGCAGCCGCCUCAGAAGAAGAGCGCCGUGUCUGGGAGAAGGCGGACGGCCAGCGCAACGCAGCGUCGACAAAGUCAAUCAUUGGUGUUGACAAGCCUGCACACUGAGCAGCGGAGCAGGGUGCACCGUGUGGUGAGGAAGCUGGGUGGUUUCGAGCUCGGCGAGGACGUGCAGGAGAGCACCACGCACGUGGUGCUGGGAUCACCACGCCGCACGCUCAAUGCGCUGCUCGGCAUCGCGCGUGGCUGCUGGCUGCUCUCGCUCGCUUGGGUGUUGGAGUCAGCGGAGUGUGGACAUUGGCUUGAGGAGGAGCCUUACGAGAUGACCGACACGUUCCCUGCUGCUCAAGUGCGCAGGCAGGAGUGCCGCGUGGGCAAGGCGAGCUGCCUGUUCGCGACCACGCCGCCCGUGUUCGUGAGUCCUCGGAGUGUCCCUCCGCCCGCCGUCCUGCACCAGCUGAUCACCCUGAGCGGCGGCUGCGCCACCCACACGCUGCGCCAGGCCGGCAUCUACGUCGGGAAUUACCCAGUGGGCAGGAGGAGGGCGGCCCUGCAGGCCGUCAGUGAGAAGUGGCUCCUCGGAGAGAGCGGCGCUCUCCACGGUUCAUGUGCGCCGUUCCGGCCGAGGGCGCGGUGGGCCCUGGCGGUGCCACUCAAGCGCCGUCGCCGGGUCGGCGGCAGCAGCAGCGGCGGCAGCAGCCGCAGCAGCAGCAGCAGCGCGAUCGGAGCUCUGCGGAACAUUGCAUCACAUACAACGAAGUGCGGCCCAUGGAAGGUUAUCGGCCGGACGAUCUCUGACAAAUAGUGGAGUCUGCACAUCACCAGCCAAGUGUUGCCCUUGCUGCUGUCUCUGCUCUGCACGUCCAUCAGUCGGACCUCGGGUGACCUUGCCAACACACGACGAAGUACACAGGGAAGGCGUCUGUUUUACCAUCGAAAAAAAGUAGCCUUGAAUACGACGACCAAUCAAACUUCCGGAUGACCGUUUCCCAGUAGUAUUUGUGUAAACAAAGUAAACCCUGCGCCACUUGACUUCUCCAUUUCAUAAACAAAUGCUGCUGGACAGCAGCCAGAUGUUGCAUGCAAAAGCCGCACGCAGACACAACAGCAAUACAUAGACACACGUAACUUGGCAAGGCAGCGCAUACUGAGUCUGAGCAUCCAUGUAAAGUCAGCGCACGGCAACUGCACCAGUGAGAGUACCACUCUGGUUUGUGAAAUACGUAUUUUGUCAGAAAGCAUAACUGAUCUACGUUAACAUUUUAAUGGCACGGUAGUCGUGGCGUGCGGCGGUGUGUAUAGCUACAGGCACAGCCGGGUCCAAUUUAACACAAAACAGGACAAACACAUUACAACACAAGACAUGGGGAGUGGUAGCGGUUGGUCCCCGAUCAGGCCUUGCUUGGCCUUCCGUAACCCCUGACUCGUGCGGAGCAUCAAGUGUGUUUUCGAGUGUGUUUGUACACAAUUCAAAGUGUACAAAAAUGUAGUUUUUAAUGGUUGUAAUUUUCAAUUUGUUGUACAUAAAAGAGCACGUUUCCUACGCUCAUUAUCGCCAUAACUUUAGUUUUUCAGCAUAAUAAUAUAAUUGCAGUUUGCCGGUAAGGCACCGGGGGAACCGCAAAAUACAUCUGAGUUUGGUACCUUAGCUGAAGCACACGAGGGAAAUUAGUGUAACAGGACUAGUGUCCCUGCAGCUUCACAUUCUCUCAUUCCCAGCGUGGAUACUUUUGCUCAAUUACCACAACUCCGGCCGCUACUCACUCGUUCUCCAGGUGGAUUUCACAAAUUGUAUAAUUGUGCUCAAGAAGCAACACUUGAACUUUGAUAAACAAUACAAACGAGAUGCCCGGAACAAAACAUACUCGAUUCUUGACAUGAACUGCCAUCCUGAAUGACGUCACGAUGCAUUGCGUCAUUGCAAUGGUGAAUUGCUACAAAGUGCAAGGAUCACACUCGGUAAUUGUCAUUGCCAUGCGAUAUUUUUAAUGUGUUAAUAUUUUAAUAACAUUUUAUACUAAAGAUUUUAAGCAUUCCCAAUGUCACUGUGUCUCUUGAGCAUGCAAAAUAAAUGCUUUUUCGUACUGUUUUUAAGAACAAUUCUCAUUUUAGCCAUAUGUGUUGUGUCUCAUGAUCCCACUGAGGCUGUACUAAUUGUUACAUUAACAACUUGCACCUAUUAUUUGUACUAGAUUUAUACAAUCCGGUUUUUAUUUUCAAACUUAAGAGGUCAGCUUAUUUUUCCUCUAAAUAAUGGUUUGCAAAAAAGGCAGGUCAAGGGAGUUGAAUAGUUUUUAUAACUGAACUUGUAUGACACCUUAGAUUAAAAAUAAAAUAUAUUUGAAACUAAAAAGUAUUCCACACUUCUCUUUCCGCACCUCGGAUUAUCACGGUUGGCUACGUACACUGCAAAAGAAGUUCAAAAUACAUGCAUACAUUUUCGCUAUUAUCUUAAACCAAAUCUUGAACGUAUGUAUUUUUUGAGUAAAAUAAAAAAUGUCAUUAAAUCUUGACUUAAAGCUUUCGUGACUGCAGGAAUUAAUUCCCUUUGGGUCUUUGUGUAGAGUCACGUAGAUAGACUAAUAAUAAAAUAUGUCUUCCUGCCUCAGCAGUCCGCCUCCUGUAAUUUUUUCACCUGAAGACAAUUGCUUGUGUUGCGAUCGAAAUGUCGUGAUUUUGUAUAAUUUUAUGAUUUUUCUCUCUACGUGACUUUACCGAAAGACCAAAAGAGUAAAAAAUGUAAUUGUUAAAACUGGAAGCAACAAUAUCACUGUUUAAGCAUUAUCCAAGUGCAAAACAAUCAUCAUAUGCAACGGUAGUUCUUUUCAAGUCAUGACGCUCCAGUGCUGCGAGUGUUGUAAACCGAUACUGUUCAAUUGUGUCAAGUACCAACGUGCACAAGUGGCGCAUGAUGGGGCUUUUUCCGCCAUUCUCAUUAAAGAUGACUGAAUAUACGGAGGCCGGAGAAUUUCCCUCUGGAAAGGGUGUAAUUAAACCGCGGGUUUGGUGCCGUCAGCGCGGGCGAGGUUGCAGCACCGACCCACGUCCAGAUGUUCUCAAAGCACCCGGCUGCACGCUCGCUCCCUCGCUCCCUCCCGCUGGCGGCCAGGGCCUCAGCCGGAUUAAAGCCACACGACACAAACCUGUGCGGAUUUUUUUCUUCCAAUUAUUUCGUUUUCACCGCUUGAUUUUCCAAAGCCAUUGUAUUCUGUUUGGUGGAUGCCUCUUGUCGUGGAGUCUCCGUGCCUUCUGAUUAACCGUGGUGCCAGGACCGCAUCGAUCCUAUUGCUGAUCGCAGUCGCCGCUAACACCAGACGCCUCUCAACCAGAUACGUGGUCAUGUGCAUCUUAUUAUCCGGGCCACAGUCAAGUCCCAGUGUCUUCUUGCUCAUAUGAUCAUUGGGACGACGUGUUGUAUAUUUACACACCCAUGAUGGGAGCCAAUCUCUUCACAAGAUGACCACUGCUAACUUCCCACAAAAUGGUAUUAAUGUAUCGACUCCUUAAAAAAUGAUGAUGGGUGGAGUAUUAAACACACAUUUACAAUUGUCAAUACCCCUGGCCAGCUAGAUUAAUAAGCGCUUUUAUUCUCUUUCUAAACCUAUCGCUAUGUCUCACGUGCAACAGGGCUGAGAGAUUUCAUGUUGAUCGCUGCGAUCGAUCGCUGUGUUAUUGCCACAAGAAGGAUUACAAUUUCUCCACCUUUGAGUGUAUUUUAAGGGGCUUGACAUUCACGUAUAGCAUGGUAAUCCCACCUAUGUUAAAAUAAAGCUAAUACAAUUAUUUAAAUUAAAAUACACUAUUUAUUCUCUCGCUUAAAAAAAAUGUCUGCCAUCAGUCUUGUUUGCCAAUGGAGGCUUACAAGUAUACAAGUGCCACAUUGUAUUUUAAUGAACAUGAUUCAUGUGGGACCUAACCCAAAAUCAAUUAUGAAUCAUAUUGGCUGCAAAAACGUAUGUGUUCAGCUAAUGAAUAUGUGUGCCUAAUUCAUGAAGUGCCAUGGCUAUUUGAACACAUGUGUAAAUCACAGGCCAUCUCGCACGUGAAAAUCCUGCCAAUAGACACAUUGGUUAAUUGCAUAAAUGCAAGCAAAGGAUUAUUAGGAGUAUUGUUCUAUGUGGACGACUAUCAAAUACCACGUUGCAGAUGGCAAAUAACGCAAUCAGCUUUCUAACAACGUCCGCACUCUCCGAGGUUCAGCUGGAGAGAAUGAGCACUGUGAAAAUGGAAUGCGCUCUUUGAGAAGCAAAACAAAUAAUGCAUUUACAUGUCUUGCGAAUUUGGUUUUGUUUGGCCACUUUUUGUUCAUUUCCGUUGUUUUAUGCUUUUGCUUUGGGAAUGAAAGGAAUAACAGCCAGCAGAAGAGAAGAGGUCGUGUAAAGGCUGAGGUUGAUGUGUGCAAUGUAUAAAAAUCCAAACGAUGCUUGUGUUUGUAUUGAAGCUAAGUUUGCAUCAUUAUGGAACCUUGCUUUAGUGAGACAAAACACUUCAGUGGGCUCAAAUCCAAAAUUAAUAUGAAUACACAUUAAUUAAAAAUAUUGAUGUGUUGGCAUUAGCCAUGCUUCUAUGUAUAUUCGGCCUCUAGCUCUGUGAUUAAAGUACUUUACUUACAAUUGAAAAGUUGUUCAAAUGUGGGUUAGGGUACAACAAAUCCCUUUUAGGGUCACUAAAACAAGGACCACUUUGUGAGAAAUGAGUGUUCCUAAAGAGAGAUUGGUCCUCGAUUGAAGUUUGAGUCCCAUAAAUGGACUUGUGCUAUUUUACAAGAUUACUCAGCAUUGCGUCUUGCACAGCAGUGAAUGGGUAUCAGUGUGAAUGUUGGCUCGUAUUUGAUAUUGGUAGGGUAGUAAAUUGUGAAUAUGGCUACGCACUUGUGUCACGUGUGUACUGAUGAUCACGCUCCCGUCGUGGGCCCUGCGUAGCCAUGAGCAGUGCCGUCAGGAUGGUUACAAAUUCCACAGAGAUGUGUCUCAUGAGCUCGCUUUGUUGUUGUGUGAGCAUUGCGAGUGUAACAAGAGUCGAUGCUUUCUUGAAAGUGUAUUUAGAACAACAACAAAAUAGGUAAGCAAACAACAUGCUUCCUUCACAUCUGUAUUCACACAUUGAAAAUUUUAAAAAAGUGUGCACAACCCAUUGGCCCCGCGCUUAGGGUUAUUUUGAUGUACCCAUCUCUGUGUAUGUUUGCUUUUUUAAAGUCUCUAUUUAACUGAAUUGUAAUCAAGACUAGAUGGCCCUUAUCCUUUAAAAUCGACCAAUUGAAUAAGGCCAGUGUUUGUUUUAUAUCAUGUAAUAAUGUUAUUGCAUAAUAAAUGGAUAAUCUGUGAUUGAACAUGGGAUAGGUUAUACGUUGCAAUGGCUGCGUGGACGACGUGAUUCAUCUUUUCAUUCGUUUUUAAAUUCGCCAUUUUUAAGCAGGAAUAGUGGCAAUGUUCAGGACGGUACCAGGCAAGUGGAAGUGCGUGAGUUCAAAUCCCGGUCAGCGGUAGCUUAACCAUCAUCCCUCUGAGAGAGAUGAAAUAGAAACUACCAUGAGGAAUGUUGACAGUGUUUGUCUAACAGAAACACUGGCCCCGGUAUAUGAACAUGGAAAUUCCAGCACUGCUGUCAGUGGAGAUGUGAACUACUUUUUUGAGCAAGAAACAGUUUGGCGUAAAUGUGUGUCGGCGUAUACGCCACAAUUGAUGAACCAUUAAAGCUCUGAAAAACAAACAAUGGAGUUGUUGCUGUAAUAAUACUCUAAAAAUGUCAGCGCUGGCUGUCCCCUGAUCCACCGCUGUCCAGGGUCACCCCACUUGUAACUAAUAAUGACCCUCUGAAGGCAUUAGCGAACAUUUAUUUUUUAGGAUUUGGAUUAAAAAAAAUUGCUUCCAUCUGUGUGAUUAAUUCCAGAGGAAUAUGAUUUGGUGUUGGGUUUACAUUAAACCCCGUUGCUUAUCUGUAUUUUGCCGAGUGUUCGCAUGCGAUUACCAUCUCGAGGGUCACGUCCGU